UGACAGGCAAAGAAGAAAUCUAAAUUAUCGCCUUUUCUGGUUGAUGCAUUCCUUGAUUCGAUCGAAAAUAAGCUGGCCUUAUUCUGCAGAAUGGGUAGUCAUGUAGGAAAACCUGAAGCAGAAAAUGAAGUGUCUGAAAAGGUUGAAUCAGAAGAACCAGGACCAAGCCAAGCAUCUGAACCAGAAUCAGCUGAUGAUAAUGAAGUGUUUGGUACCGAUUCUACCCCUGCCCAAGAACUGCAACUCAUGUUGGAAGGACAUGUAGAGGCAGAUGUGAACCAGAACAAUAGGACCUCCUCUGAGAAGACAGCGGUGACAGACUCCAAGGGUGCAGCAGACACAGAGAAUGCCUGGAACGAGGCCCACACAGCUGACCACGCUGCAAGUCGCCCACACUUGGUCCGCCUCUUUUCCCGGGAUGCACCAGGCCGCAAAGACAACACCUUCAAAGAUCGCCCAUCGGAGUCAGAUGAGCUUCAGACCAUCCAGGAGGACAGUGGACCAGCUUCCGAUAGCUCGGAUAUUACUGAAAACUAGCCAGAAGAGUUCCCUGAGGGCCACUGAACACCACAAAUGGCAUCUACAAGCUCCACGGACCAGGCGAAACACGGAGGCAAAUCCAGGGGACAAAGGGACACUGGUCUACUAGACCAGCUGGGAAAAUUCUUUGGAGGUGAAAAAGAAGGAUCCAGGAAGGGAUCAAAAAAGGGGGUAUCUGCAAUGAGAUCCAGCCAGUUAGCAGCCUCACCACAGAAGACUCCUCAGCAAUCUGGUGCCCAUGCCAGACCAGGAGAUGACAACCCCGUAGUGAGCUUCUUCAAAACCAUUGUAUCCCCAAGGACCCCACCUCCACCAACAAAGGGGAGAGGAUUAUCCCUCGGGAGAUUAGGCUGGGGAACCGAUGGGCAAAAGCAGCCUGUGCAGGCAAGAUCACAAGAGACCACAAGAGCAGCUCACAAAGGGCACAAGGAUGCAAGGGGAGAUGGCCAAGGAACCCUUUCUAAAAUUUUUAAAAUGGGAGGAAAAGACAGUCGAUCCGGUUCACCUUCUAAACGCUGAGGAUCCUUAAAAAAAAAAAAAAAAAAAAAAAAAAAAAAAAAGAGGUUAUCAAAAAAUAAUCUCUGCUUCAUAAUAUAACUCUUACCCCUUUCUAAAACACAUUCAUGUAACGUUUUCUACAUAGCAACGCAAUGUUUAACAUUUUGCCUGCUGAGAUAUACAUGCAGUAGUGUUCAAUGAGAACUGUUGUAUUUAUACAGUGACCUGUUUGUUUACAGAAGGAUGCUCAACCCAUUGGUUUUGACAUGUUCACUGGUGUUUUGUUUCUUCUUUCCUCAAAGCAGUUUUGCACCGCAGUUUUUGUUAUUGCUUGACAGCUCAUUUGACAUAAAUACUUUUGGUAUAGUUAACAAGAUCAUUUGUAUUCAACUAUUUUAACCGGCCUGAUGAGUUGACCACUUGUCUAUCUCACUAAUAGGCUUCUAUUCCAGAGUGUACAUCUCAGUAUUCCACUGUUGCUUAACAGACAUGUGCCUCUAAACUGUGACUGUUUAACUGUUGUUUUGUAAUUACAGUAUAUACUGUAAUAUGCUAAUACAUUAUAUAUGUUGAAUGAAUUACUUUAGGUACUAAACUCUUAAUGGGUACGGUGUUGGGUUUUUCCAGCCAUAUAUAUAAAAAAAAAGAAUGAAAGCUCUUCUGAAUUGCACUGUUUUAUCACUGAAAUGAAUUCAGUCCUCUAAACCCCUGUUGAUUUUCCUAUUGUGUUAUUUAAUCUGCUUCAGUUUAUGCGAGGACUACAGAACAGCUGGCUGACACAGCAUUUUGUACAAAAAAAAGUGUGCUGUAGAGAUGGUGAUGUGUUUGUACAUAAUACUAAUGCAGGCCCACAUGUAACUGCCUACGGAAAUGUACCCAAUUAUUACCUGUAGAGUAACCAAGCCAAUGAAGGGACAUCAAACAUGGAGCAUGCAAUGGAUAUGAAUGAAAAUUGAAAAUCGUGAAAAGAAAAAAAAAACACUGUAUUAAAUUGCUAUCAUGUCAACUCAGCUGCUUUAUCACAGAUACUUUCCCAAACUUCUCUGCAUGUAAAACCAGGUUCUAAUAAUGUGUAACAGACCAGUGGACCCCCUUUGCAUGUAGCUUCUGUGAAUGAGUGUAAAUUAAAGCUUUGAAAUACUAUUGUGAAUGUCAAAAAAUAAAAUACUUGUCUUUUAACAUAA